UGCGACCCGUGUGGCACAAUCUACAUUCACUCUGACAACAUAUGCUUCAAAUGGUCCUGACUCGCAAAAAGCCGCUUUGCCGAGGUGAAGUGAAUCGGAAACCCCCUCCUCGGCGUUCCGCCACCGUCCAGUCGCCGACCCCACCUGCAGGCAUCACCAGUAGCAAAGAUGUCGACCAUGUCGAAGACAACGGAUCGCACCACCGUUUCGGCAAAAGCUUGUUCGACAUGUCAUAGUCGCAAGGUUAGAUGUGAUAUUGGUGUUGUCGGACCGAUAUGCAGCAACUGCUCCAAGGCCGGCGCCGAGUGCAUCCCGCACGUACGUAAGCGCAAGAGAGACCUGGAUCUCAUCCAUGAAUCCCAGCAUAAGCAACAACCGCCGCCAACAGAUCAUCGCCAUGUGAAGCGCAUAUCAGCCGACCAUCCUAUUGAGAUCUCGCCGCAAUCCAGCUAUCUCGUCCGCGUCGAACAACAGCCACAAACAGACGGUCGGCCGGCAAAACGCGUGUCAAUUGAACCUCCGAUCGGCAUCUCGCCACAAUCCAGCUACUUAGGCCGCGCCGAGUACGUGCCAGCGCACAUUCCCAUCGAUGAGGAGGAUGCCUCGCGCUACCACAACAUCCAUCACACGCCUUCGAGCGCACAUGAAGAUGGGAAGCGGACCGUAGAGCUGCCGCAGUCGAUCCGACAGAGUCUCGUAAGCUCGUUCGUUGCUCAUUGUCGGCCAUGGAUGCCUCUUAUGGCUGAGGCUGAGAUCUGGCGGCUCAUGGCAGAAGAACCGGACGGCCUCCUAAUGACGGCCAUCUACGUAGCCGGCAGCCGCACGUCAACGUCCCCACGAGCGUCCGAAGUGGGCGCUGAAUGCUAUCGACGAGCCAAGUGGCUCUUCUAUGCCGAGACGGAAGUUGAUCCCAUCCGCAACAUUAUGGCCGUCAUCUUUCUGCAGUGGUGGAAUGGUUCCGGGCCGGAGCAUGUGUCAACGAACAACAGUAGCUUCUGGUUGCGCAUUGGCGUUGCGCUGGCUCAUCAGACCGGCCUGCAUAAGGAGCCUAGUAAGGACGAUCGGAGUUUGCGGCGUCGUAUUUGGUGGACGCUUGUGUCCCGAGACAGCCAAAUAGCAACCAGUCACGGCCGCCCCCGCGCCAUCAAUCUCCUAGACUCCGACGUGCGACCCCUGACACCCACUGACUUCGACUCAGCCUCGGACGCCGACCGUUUCAUCCCCUUCGUCCAGAUCACCCUCCUCCUCGGCGACUUGACCGAGCGGUCCCUCCGCGGCGACCUAACCGCUCACGCCCGCGUCCAGCUCGAAGAACGGCUACUCCGCUGGCUCGCAGACCUGCCACCAACCCUCCAACUUUUCGACCGAGAGACCAGAGUAUUGAGAGCUUACAACUUCGCCUCCCGCAACCUCCAUCUCGCCUACUUCGCCACCUUGACCAUCCUCUUCCAUCAGAAACAAAAACAGAACCCCUCCGCUGACGUGCCACCGACUAUGCCGAGCUUGGUCGCCGCCAGCUUCAUCUUAGGCAUUGUGGAAGAGUACCUCAAUUGGGGCGACACGGCUUUCGUCAGUCCGGCGUGCAUCUUCUACCUUUUCACCGCGUCCCUGGCCUUACUAUCCUCGCACCGAUUCCCCUGUCUCGCAUCGGCGGCGGACGCGGCGCAAGAACGGGGCGUGGUGGAGACAACGUUGGAGGAGCUGAAGAAGCGGUUCGCGAGCGCUUAUGGGAAGGAGAGGGUGGUCAAGGCUAUUACGCAGUUGUCGUUGCAGCAGCAGAGUCAGGGUGGCGGUAGCGGUAUUGUUACGCAGCCGAGGAUUGACGUGCUGAAGCUUUCGCCACGGGAGUUGGAGUUCUUCGCACCGUUUGGGGCAGGUCUGUGCCGCCACUGGGGGAUCGUGCAGGCGUCGAAAUCCGGUGGGCCAGUCGGCUCGGAUGGCGUGAUGGGAGGUCGGGGAGAGUACCUGCCUGGCGGCGAGCCGGCGAUGCGGAGUGUACAGCCGUUUCCGGAGAGCGCGACGCUGCUGGGGCUGGAUGAGCUGUUGGCGGAUGAUGCGUUUGGGCAGUAUUGGUGGAAUUCGUUGACGUAUUAGCGUGGCAGCCCAGGCUGGCUCGGCAGUGUCUUGUUCAACGUGUGUCGAAGUAGGAUUCGUUAUGAUGUACGAGUUCGAUCAUUUCCCGUACCGUGUCU